CACUUUGAGGAAGACGGUUGGAGAACUUGGAGCCACCACACCCAACCCUCCCCUUCCUCUCUUCUUCUCAUCUCCACCACCCUCUCCUCACUUCAGAUUACCCACAACAAAAAGAACCCUAAUUUAUUACACUGAGAGAGAUGAGCAGCCAAGUUGGCGUCAGAAGGCCCAGUCUCACCCAGAAGCGCGGCCCCUCCACCGUCACCAAGAAGCCACUCCCAUCCGAGAACGGCGGCUCCUCCUCUCCUCCUGCCCUUGGGGCUGCUGGGGGAGAGAGGACAGUGAAGAAGCUGAGGUUGUCGAAAGCGCUAACUAUCCCGGAGGGGACGACUGUAUCGGAUGCUUGCCGGAGGAUGGCUGCUCGGCGUGUGGACGCUGUGCUUUUGACUGAUGCUAAUGCAUUGCUUUCUGGAAUUGUGACUGACAAGGAUAUUGCCACUAGAGUCAUUGCGGAGGGAUUGAGACCGGAGAACACUACUGUGUCGAAGAUCAUGACGAGGAAUCCUAUUUUUGUUAAUGCUGACUCGUUGGCCAUGGAAGCUCUGCAGAAGAUGAUCCAGGGUAAAUUUAGGCACCUUCCUGUUGUAGAGAAUGGUGAAGUUAUUGCGCUGCUGGAUAUUACAAAAUGCCUCUAUGAUGCUAUUGCGAGAAUGGAAAAGGCGGCUGAGCAGGGUAGUGCUAUUGCUGCUGCAGUCGAAGGAGUUGAACGCCAGUGUGGAGCAAAUUUUUCUGCUCCAUAUGCUUUUCUGGAAACUUUGAGGGAGCGAAUGUUCAAGCCUUCAUUGUCAACCAUCAUUGGUGAAAACACAAAGGUUGCUAUUGUAUCCCCAUCAGAUCCUGUCUAUGUUGCGGCAAAAAGGAUGCGGGACUUUCGGGUUAAUUCAGUUAUAAUUAUAAUGGGGAACAAGAUUCAAGGGAUACUCACUUCAAAGGAUAUCUUAAUGCGAGUCGUGGCACAAAAUCUUUCUCCUGAAUUGACUCUGGUUGAAAAGGUAAUGACGCCAAACCCCGAAUGUGCCACAUUAGAUACCACAAUUCUUGAUGCGCUGCACAUAAUGCAUGAAGGGAAGUUCUUGCAUCUUCCUGUUUUAGACAGAGCAGAUGAAUCUGUUGCUGCCUGUGUGGAUGUUCUCCAGAUAACUCACGCAGCAAUCUCUAUGGUCGAAAGUAGUUCAGGAACUGUUAAUGAUAUGGCGAACACAAUGAUGCAAAAGUUCUGGGAUUCAGCACUUGCUUUAGAGCCACCUGAUGAUACUGAUACUCACAGUGAAAUGUCUGCAAUGAUGGCUUCUGAUGCGGGAGAACAGGCCAAGUUUAAUUAUCCUUCUCUUGGUCUUGGAAAUUCAUUUGCUUUCAAGUUUGAAGAUCGAAAAGGUCGAGUGCAUCGAUUCAAUAGUGGCAUUGAAAAUUUAGAUGAGCUUGUAUCUGCUGUCAUGCAAAGGACUGGUGGUGCUAAGGAUAAUGAUCGUCCUCAGAUUUUGUAUGAAGAUGAUGAAGGUGAUAGAGUUUUACUUGCAAGUGAUGAUGAUCUUGUUAGCGCUGUCAGCCAUGCUCGAGCAGUGGGGCAGAAGGUCCUGAGGUUGCAUCUGGAUUUCUCCGAUUCUGGGCAGCAAACCACAUCCCAAUUGAGUAAAACCACAACCCAGAAAAUGGGAUGGACAUAUUCCCACACUGGAAUUUUGGCAGGUGUUUGUGCUUUGACUGGCUUUGGCUUGAUGGUCUACAUAAGGCGCACUAGUCUGUAAUGACUGUUACUGGUUCAUUGAAAGAAAACAUCUAGGAUUAGUGAGAUGACUUGCUGAAGAGCCUUGCCAAUCAAGUUGGCGGAGGUUUAAGAUGAAUACAUUUUGAUUAAUAUCACCUGCAGAAGCAAGUGCUAUAUAAUAGACAAAAUAAUGUCCUCUAGAAUACAGUGAGCCAAAACAUGAUUGGCAAAACUGGUAUAUUUUUUGGUCGUUAGGAUCCAGAUUCAUGUCCCUUUUUUAAGGUGAAAGUAAUUAAGAAAGGACUGUUUCAGGUCUUGGUGUAGUUAGGCACUUGGAAAGAAGUCAUG